UAAUGGUCAGCUGAUAAGCCGGCAACAAGUCAGUAUCGUAUAUUACCAUUAAAUCGACAGUUAAGAGCCUGACGUGAACUAGUCCACAGGACGAUUGCCGUGAAAGUAAUACUCAAUUGGAUGAAAAAAUGUUUCGUGGAUCACAAACAAAUCGCAUAAUCGAUUCUGGGCUUACGAACGAUGAAAAGAUACUGAUUACCUCUUUACACAACGAAUUGCGUCAAAAAGUAGCAAAUGGCCAGGAGACCAACGGAUAUCCAAGGGGACCUCAGCCUCCAGCAAGAUACAUGCCUGUUGUUGAAUGGGACGAAGAAUUGUCAACAGUCGCUCAAAAGUGGGCCAAUCAAUGUAUAUGGGGCCAUGACAAUAAUCGACACAUCAAGCGUUUUAAAGUUGGUCAAAACAUUGCCAGUCUUUCAACUACAGGAAACGUUUAUGAUCUCAAGGUCAAAGAUAUGGUGAUGUCUUGGUACGACGAAGUCAAGCAUUGCAGCAGAGAAGAUAUCACUCGUUUUAGAAGCACCAGUGUAAGCGGUUUUCCAAUCGGCCACUAUACUCAAAUGUUGUGGGCAAAGUCAACUAAAAUCGGUUGCGGUGCAGUGAAAUACAAAGACGGGAAUUUCAACACAUUUUACCUCGUUUGCAAUUACGGGCCAGCUGGGAAUAUGAUUAGUGAGGCAGUUUACGAAAUUCUGUUCGAGCUUAACAACAUCAUGAGGAGUUUAAUUUUUUUUUUUGCCGUCGUGUCUUACGCCUACGCCAGUGCUCAAUACUGCAGUCUACAAAGCUGCCAAGGAAAGCCACACACCGUUUGUGAAUUUACUUACCAAAACAAAUGCGAAAGACCCAUUUCAAGUGGGCUGUCCCAAAAUGAAAAAGACCGGAUAGUAAAACUGCAUAAUCAGCUGAGGCAGAAAGUUGCCUGUGGAAAUGAAAUACGAGGAGCCCCAGGACCACAACCACCAACAGCAACUAAAAAAAUGGCCAAUUUGGUAUGGGAUAAUGAAAUUGCCAUGAUAGCCCAACAUUGGGCUGACCAGUGCCAAUGGGGGCACGAUAAAUGCAGAAAUACACCAAAAGAGUACGUGGGUCAAAAUAUUGCAUACCAACAAACAACUGGCGAUGUCAGUUCUAUCCCAGUUGAGGAUAUGGUUCAGGCAUGGUACGACGAAGUACAAUAUUUCGACGGGCGAACGUUACAGGGUAUUUCCGGCAAAGUCGUUGGUCACUACACGCAAAUGGUCUGGAGUGGAACUACUAAAAUUGGGUGUGGAGCUGUCAAGUACAAGAAAGCGGACUACAAUAGAUUCUAUCUUGUCUGCAACUAUUCACCAGGUGGCAACAUUGGCGGUGUAAAAGUUUAUGAAACACAAAAACAUCAUGAUCAACUUCAAAAUAAUCAAAAUUAUCAACCUCAACAAAAUCAAUAUUACAAACCUCAGCAAAAUGAAAAGUAUCCCACUCAGCCAAGUUACAACAAUUACUGGCUACAUCAGCCACAGCCCAGACCUCAGCCACAAUUACCUCAAGGAACUUCGUUUACCUAUUCUGUGAAUGGAAAACCCGCGACAAAAGAGGAAUUUGAAAAGUUUAAAAACCAAUACAAGUCAAGCAUGUACACUUGGAACGGUAAAUCGGUGUCGAAGGAAGAAUUCGAAAAUAAGAAACGGCUAUACCAAGCCUACUUGUCUGAACUACAACAUUGA